AUGGGUAAAAAAGUUUUCGUAGUUGGUGUCGGAAUGACAAAAUUUGUAAAACCUAGUACGGAUAAGGAUUACCCAGAUUUUGGAAAGGAGGCCGUAAUUGACGCCUUGGCUGAUGCUCGUAUUAAAUACGAGGAUGUGCAGCAAGCAGUUUGCGGUUACGUUUUCGGGGAUUCUACAUGUGGCCAACGAGUACUCUAUCAAAUUGGUAUGACUGGUAUACCCAUUUACAAUGUGAAUAAUAACUGCUCGACUGGUUCUAAUGCACUAUUUCUAGCCAAGCAACUAAUCGAAGGCGGCAUUUCUGACAUUGUAUUGGCUGUAGGUUUUGAAAAAAUGACACCUGGAGCCCUAAGCGGAGGUGUAUACACAGAUAGAACUAAUCCAAUCGAUAGACACACCCUUAAAAUGGCAGAACUUGCAGAUUUAACUGGAGCUCCAAUCACUGCACAAUACUUUGGAAAUGCUGGCUUAGAACACAUGAAGAAGUACGGAAGUACAGAAGUACAUAUAGCAAAAAUAGCUGCAAAAAAUCACCGCCAUGGUGCCAAAAAUCCUCGUGCUCAAGGAAACCGUGUAUACACUGUUGAAGAGGUGUUAAAAUCAAGAAAAAUAUAUGGACCACUUACAAAACUAGCUUGUUGUCCAACCAGUGAUGGUGCUGGAGCUGCUGUACUUAUGUCAGAGGAUGCAGUGGUCCGGUAUGGGUUACAAAACAAAGCUGUUGAAAUCAUUGGCAUGGAAAUGGCAACUGAUACUGAGGCUGUUUUUAAAGAAAACAGUUUAAUGAAGGUAGCAGGAGCUGAUAUGACCGCACUAGCUGCUAAGCGUUUGUAUGCUAAAACUGGAAUUUCUCCAAUGCAAGUAGAUGUAGUUGAAUUACAUGAUUGCUUUGCUUCUAAUGAGAUGAUUACAUAUGAAGGGCUCCAACUCUGUGGGGAAGGUGAGGCAGGCAAGUUUAUUGAUGCCGGAGAUAAUACUUAUGGUGGACGUGUAGUUGUGAAUCCAAGUGGAGGUUUGAUAGCCAAAGGGCAUCCUUUGGGUGCAACGGGACUUGCUCAAUGUUCAGAAUUAGUUUGGCAACUACGUGGAGAGGCUGGUGACAGACAGGUGCCACGCGCCCGAAUCGCACUACAACACAAUUUAGGUAUUGGCGGAGCCGUUGUUCUCACGAUGUAUCGCAAAGGAUUCCAAAAUGCCACAACCAACCAGGUUGCAGCAAUCUCCGAUAACCCUGAAGAGUUCAAAGUAUUCAAAUACAUGAAGAUUCUCGAAGAUGCAAUGGCGAACGACGAAGACAAACUGAUCGAAAAAGUCAGAGGCAUCUAUGGAUUCAAAGUUAAGGGUCCAGGAGGAGCAGAGGGCUACUGGGUGAUCAACGCGAAGGAUGGCAAGGGCAAAGUGUCAUACAAUGGCAAGGACAAAUGUGACGUCACAUUCACGAUCAACGACAACGACGUCGUCGACCUAAUCUCUGGAAAACUUAAUCCGCAGAAGGCAUUUUUCCAGGGCAAAAUCAAGAUCCAAGGCAACAUGGGCCUUGCGAUGAAAUUAACUGAUUUGCAACGCACUGCCGCGGGAAGAAUCGACGCAAUUCGCUCGAAACUGUAA